GCGGCCCCCGCCCGCUCCACACACCGGCCCCGGCGGCUCCGUACAUCGGCCGCGGCCCCCGCCCGCUCCACACAUCGGCCCCGGCCCCUCUGCCAUGGGCAGUCGCGGCACCCGGCCCAAAUCGCAAGCCAGUCGGUUAGCCGGGCCGGACAGAGCAGAACAGAGGGGCCAGGAGGAGGGGCGCGGCCGGUAUGUGGRCCAGUGGUGGGGAGCCUCUUCUUCCAAUGCCCCUAUGCUCGGCCCUAUGACUGUGAUGGGCCAGAGCUGCCUCCUCCACGACCGCAGAGGCAGCGUGAAGAUAAUGCAGAAGGAUGAAAAUAUGGACCCCUCAUGGAGCAUGGAAGUAGACACCAGGAUGUCAGCGGAGCAGCUGCGGGGCCAAGACCAUCAUAGUUCUACCACCACACCGAUACAACGAGCCCUGCGAUCACUCAGCGUCCCUCUGGAGAGGCUGCAUAUUAUGAAGGGCCACAUGAUGCAGGACAUGUGCAAGGGKCUGAGCCUCCAGACACACWCACAGGCCAAAGUGCGGAUGCUGCCCACCUACAUCUGCUCCACUCCCAACGGCACUGAGAAGGGCARCUUUCUGGUGGUGGAGCUGUGCCAGACCCAGGUCCGGACCCUGCUGGUGACCCUCUAUGGAGAUGGCAACAUGAGUCCCCAAAUGAUGUACAAGAUCUUCGACUUGCCAGAGGGCAUCAGGGAGGGCGAGGGGGAAGCGCUCUUUGACUUCAUUGCACAAUGCGUGACCCAGUUCCUGGCGGAGACCACCAGCCCUGAGACCAAUGGCUCUGAGGGACGCCUUCCCCUGGCCUUUGUCUUCCCCUUCACCUGCCAGCAGACGCAGCUGAACAAGGCAGAACUCAUCUCCUGGUCCAAGGGCUACAGCUGCAGUGGCGUGGUGGGGAAGGACGUUGUGCAGCUCCUGCAGGCGGCCAUCAAUAAGCAGACAAUGGGGGSGGGGAGCAAUGAAGAGGGUGGCCGGUGGUGGAGGGGCUGGAGACCCUCUACUCCUGACCAGUCGUCCUCCUCCCACAUUGAAGUUGUUGCCUUGAUUAAUGACACUGUGGGCACCAUGAUGACCUGCAGCACGGAGGGGAGACCCUGUGAGGUUGCCGUGAUCGCGGAUAAGGGCUCCAACUGUUGCUUCAUGGCCGAGGCRUACCUGGUGGAGACGGCAGAAGAGACCAGCGGGCGGAUGUGUGUCAACACUGAGUGGGGCUGCUUUGGGGACGAUGGCUCCUUGAAUGACAUCAUCACACCCUACGACGAAAGCGUGGAUGAGGAAUCUUCCAAUCCUGGGGAGAAGAGGUUUGAGAAGCUGGUGGGCACCUUGUACCUGGGGGAGAUUGCCCGGCAYGCACUCAUCGGCCUGACCGCUGAGAAAGCUCUCUUCACUGGGACCGAUGCUUCUGUCCUGAAGGAGAAGGGAGUCUUCACAACCCAGCACAUUCUGGACAUCAUCAACAACGAGGACAGCACAACCGAAGUGAGGAGGGUUCUGGAGGGUCUGGGGCUGCAGCCAAGCGAGCGGGACUGCGGCCGGGUGCAGCAGAUCUGCCGGGCGGUGGUGGGCCGUGCUGCCACGCUCCACGCCACCGGGCUGGCUGCCAUCCUCAGCUACAUGUGCCAAACACGGGAGAUGGAGCAGCUGAUGGUCAACGUGGGCAUGGAAGGAGAAUUGUACGAGGGCUACCACAGGUUUGAGGAGAUCCUGCUGAGUGUGGCAAGGCUACUGUCCCCCGAGUGCAUACCCACCAUCGUGCCCUCAAGAGAUGGCUCUGGACGGGGGGCAGCCAUGGUGACAGCAGUGGCCUUGCGCUUAGCAGCCCAGCGCCAAGAAGUGAACGAGUUGCUGGCCCCGCUACGGCUCACCCUCCCCGACCUGGAAAAAGUCCAGGCACUGAUGAGGCAGGAGAUGGAGCGGGGCCUGGGUAAGGCAACMCAUGCCAGUGCCUCUGUCCGCAUGCUGCCCUCCUACGUUUGUAACACACCUGAUGGCACUGAGCGAGGAGACUUUCUGGCGCUGGACCUAGGGGGGACCAAUUUCCGCGUGCUGCUGGUGCGUGUGACAGAGGAGGGCAUCAGCAUGGCCAGCGAGAUCUACGUCAUCCCACCUCCCAUCAUGCAGGGCACUGGCGAGGCGCUCUUUGACCAUAUCGUGGAGUGCAUCAUGGACUUCCAGAGGAAGCAGAACAUGAUGCUGCAGCUGCUGCCUCUUGGCUUCACCUUCUCGUUCCCCUGCCAGCAAGUGGGCCUGGAUAAGGCAUUGCUGCUGACCUGGACCAAAGGCUUCAGUGCCUCAGACUGCGUGGGAAAGGACGUUGUCCUUCUGCUGAGGCAGGCUGCUGAGCGCAAACAGCACACAGCUCUGAAGGUGGUGGCUCUGGUCAACGACACAGUGGGAACCAUGAUGUCCUGUGGUUAUGAUGACCCCAAAUGUGAAAUUGGCCUCAUCGUGGGAACAGGGACCAACGCCUGUUACAUGGAGGAGAUGAAGAAYGUGGGCACUGUGGAGGGCGACCAGGGCCGCAUGUGCAUCAACAUGGAGUGGGGGGCCUUUGGGGACAACGGCUGCCUAGACCAUAUCUUCACCCAGUUUGACAAGCUGGUGGAUGAGAGCACCAUCAACCCGGGCAAGCAGAGGUUUGAGAAGCUCGUCAGUGGCAUGUACCUGGGUGAGAUCGUGCGUCAGAUCCUGCUCGAAAUGACACAGAGACAGCUCUUGUUCCAAGGCAGACAUUGCACCACACUCCAGACMAAGAACAUCUUCCAGACCAAGUUCCUCUCUACCAUCGAGCUCAAUGGGCUCGCCCUGCGGCAGAUACGGGCCAUCCUGCAGGAACUGGAGCUCGAUGCCAGCUUUGAGGACAGCGUGCUGCUGCGGGAGGUGUGCCAGGCUGUUUCCCUGCGGGCAGCCCAGCUCUGUGCUGCGGGCUUGGCUGCUGUGGUGGAGAAGAUGCGGGAGAACCGGGGACUGGACACCAUGUCUGUCACCGUCGGGGUGGAUGGCACCUUGUACAAGCUGCACCCAUGCUUCUCCCAAAACCUCCAGAAGACACUGAAGGAGCUGGCACCCAACUGCAAUGUCACCUUCCUGCUGUCGGAGGACGGCUCGGGGAAAGGGGCCGCACUCGUGGCAGCCGUGGCCACUCGCACUGGGCCAUAGCCAUCACCCCAAUAAAGCU